UUGGUUUGGGUGAUGUCAUCCGCCGUUCCGUGAUAAGAGUUUUGGAGGCAAUCAGACGCGAGUCCGAGGAAGCCCGACUCGGCGCUUCUGCCGGGGCUGCUGCGAGGAAACAAGAGAAACCGAACUGACCUGCCGUCCUUCCCUCCGUCUUCAGAUGAGGAUUACACACAGACUGAUGCGGGAAGAGGCGACUGCACCAGCAUCAACCAUCGUCAAACCGACCUUUUGCUAGCUAACGUUAGUUAGCUUGUCAGAUAUCUACUCGAGUUAUUUAGCUGUAUUUUCUGUGACGUUUACCAGAGGACAUCCGCCGUUGAAUCAGUUAACUGAAGAGGGUGCCGUUAGUUGGGCAGCUAAGGUUACCUUUCUGGAUGUAGCUAAUCAAUUAGAUCCUGAUAUAUUAUCCAGAUAGUAUCAUGUGUUUAUUUUCUCCACAUGUAACAUAUAGUGCUAGCUAACUCGCUGGCAUGCUAGCUAGUAGUAACGAGCUUGCUUGCCUGAGCUAAGUGCCUGCCUUCAACCGUUGGCGACGGUUGUACGAGUGAUUCCGCGUGUCCUCGGGUCGUGGAGUAUCCCUGCGAUUGACAUUUCAAUGAUUUUCCUGAUACGAAUCUCAUCACCGUUGUUAGCUCACGCUAGCUAGCAAAUUAGGCUGUUUUAUUUGCGCUCUGCAAAACAAUAGUUUUUGCAUUCACAACGUUUAGCCAUCUUGUUAUUUAACUACCUAACACAACUGAACAUUAUUGUUUUUGUAUGAUCCACUGGUUAGCCACUAAGUUAACGGCAGAGUAGCUAUUUGGCUAAACUACCAACACGCUAACGCUGUCCGAUAUGGGAUGCGCUGUAACGGGAACAGGUGAAUUCGACCCUCUGUUUCAUGAAACAAAUUGCGACGUGUUUGUUAGCCGGCAUCCUAAACUAGCAAAACAACAUAACUAACUUAAAUUACAACGGCGGUGUUUUGUACUUAAUUUCUUAUUCAACAUCAACUUGCUAGCGUAUACUACUAAUAUAUGGAGGCCAACAUGUGCCUGUUGUCUGCUAGGAAACCAAUUAUUUAGACCAUCUAGGCAGCUAGCUGGAUGGCUAGCUACUGAAUUCGAUGUCCGACUGCCUCCCCGUGACUGAUCUACCUCUGGAAUUCUGGUUGUUUUCAAUCUUUCAAAGCCUUUCACGCUGAAUGACCAAGACCGUCGACUUAUUUGUUUCGUGUUCCGGGAGAAUGACAAAACGGCGGAUUAAGUUGCAUUAUCACUAUAUUUUUUUCUCAUAAUUGAACCCACAUUCAUUCUACGCUGAGGGGAAGGUGGAAGAACUCCCACCAUCCCCCCCCCUCCUUGAGUUGCUGUAUGAAAUCGGCGGAGUAAAUCUGGAAAAGCAGAGCUGAGUAUCAGUCUUCUAUGUUUAUUUAUUACGGACUUCAGACAGAAUACCCCUCCGCUUGCGCUCCCGGGGAACGGGGACGACAGGUGCUGCUAUUCCGAGAGCAAUAACGUCAAUUGGAAAGGGACUGGACGCUGGCCUUUCGAUCUCAGGACUAAAACCAUGGCCAAUGAACCCGUCAUCCUUAACGUUUAUGAUAUGUACUGGAUAAACGAGUACACCUCCACUCUGGGUAUUGGAGUCUUCCACUCAGGCAUCGAGAUCUACGGCAGAGAGUUUGCAUACGGGGGUCAUCCGUACCCUUUCAGUGGGAUCUUCGAAAUCACCCCUGGAAAUGCCACUGAGUUGGGGGAGACCUUCAAAUUCAAGGAGGCCAUCGCCCUGGGCACCACCGACUUCACGGAGGAAGACAUCGACAAGAUCAUGGAGGAGCUGGGGAAGGAGUUCAAGGGAAACGCCUAUCACCUGAUGCACAAGAACUGCAACCACUUCUCCUCCUCGCUCUCCGAGCUCCUGUGCGGGCGUGAGAUCCCGCGCUGGGUGAACCGGCUGGCCUACUUCAGCUCCUGCAUCCCCUUCCUGCAGAGCUGCCUGCCCAAGGAGUGGCUGACCCCCGCCGCCCUGCAGAGCCACAUCAGCCUGGGCCUCCACAAGGAGGAGCAGGAGGAGUCGAGCGACGAGGAGCCCCCCUCCGCCUCGGGGGCCGCGGGGGGGUCGGGCUCCUCGCACGGCUGCCGCCACACGCGGGUCUGAGCUGCUCCCCCGCCGUCCGGACCCGGCCGCCUUUCAGGGGACACAGCGCCACCUUUAGGCUUGGAUGACCCCGUGGAAAAUGAACAAACCUUGUGCCCACAAUGAAGAGGCGGGAACAGGCACCUUCCCAAUAUCCCAGGGACACCCCCUACCCCCCCAUUUUUAAAAACUUCGUACUUUAAAAAACAAAAAAAAAACCUUCCCAGAAGUGUUUUGAACUUCCUUUCCAGAGGAAAGUUCGAAAAGUCUUUUUUGUUUUCUGUUUUUAAAAGAGGUGCCAAAUGAGUGAUGGACAGCACAGACUGACCACUGUUGAGUCCCUCUUCUUGGAUUUUGUUUUUUUGCCAUGGAACUUCUUUGUAACCUCAGUCAACCGUCCCUACCCCCAUUUUUCAAAAGUUGUCAGUGUAGUUUAGCUGGAUGUCUGAUGCCCCUGGUAGUCAUAAUAGACGGAGACUGUAUUUGUUUCUGUUUAGAAGUACAUGUUCAACAAAGAACUACAUAAUAAUAAAAACAUUGUCAUGGCCUUGCCUUGUCUUUUAAUUGGGCAGGCUAGUAUUUUGGACUUUAGGUUCCGUGGGGGUGAGGGGGUCAUUCUAGCAAGGCUUUUGUUGUUUUCUCAAUUUGCAAAAUUAAAAACAAAUGUGCCAAGCUUAUCUUAACAAUUACUUACUUUGUAUCGGAAUGCACUUAAUUGUGUUCCGAUUGAAAUUCUUUGUUCAAAGUCCUUCAGAACUGUGCAGUAUGUAUUUUUUUUCUACCCUCGUUGCAGUUUUGUUGUGGGAUUUGAGCUUUGUCGUCUGAAUCCAAACGCAGCUUGAGCAAAGCGAAGGUACAUCAAAAGGUAGCUAAACGUGUUCUGAUCAGGUAUCUGUGCAGCGUGAAACUAUGGGGAGUGUACAGUGCUGUACAGUGGGUAUCUGCUCUGAGUCUAUGUGGUAAGUACGGGGGAAAUGCUAAUCCGAAAGAGCACACACCCACCCAGCCACUUUCAAACUUCCCUUGAGCUUUGGACUAAUGGGCUUUACAGAUAACAAUGCCUUUGUGUUUUUUUUGUUCCCCCUCUCCCCCCCCCCCCCUCUCUCCUUGAACACAAUGAUUGAACUGAUGUGGGGGUGGGGGGUGGGAGGGUGUGAGGGAAGCCUUAAUGAAAGGUUUGUGUAGAAAUGUCUCUUGAGUUUGUGGGGGACGUAUGUUUGUGUUUCCUGUAGCCCUUGAACACUUUGGGUUUUGCUGUGGAUUAUUUAUUUUUAUUAUUAUCUUUUUUUUUUAACAAAGUUAUGUUGUAGGGAGGAGGGGCCAGGAAUGUCAGCGAACUUUUGACUUGCCUUUGAACCGCAAAUCCAUCCAAACGCACUACACUGUUACUGCUUUGCUGUGGCCUAUAAGGGCGUUCGGUAUUCAUUUUGCCUUCUGUAACAUGGCAGAUGUGCCCAUCUAAUUAUUUCUUCUGAAUACGAUACAAUCUUAAUUCCUUGCUUAGGAUUUCACACAUUCAUAGACCUGUAUGCUGUUUGCCUCCUUUUUGUCUUGCCUUUUAAAGAAUCUUAACUUGGCUUAAUGUUUUAAAAACUCAUACUCCAUUUUAAGUGACAUACCGUCCUCCUCUCUGGUGAAGGAAUGGAAGUUGUUCAAGGGUGUUGUGGUUUUUUUUGUUUUUUUCUUCUGUAUGUACAAGUAAUUUUAUGUUUAUGUGCUGUAUUAUCUAACAGGGUUAUUGACAAUAUCACUGCUGUUGUGAUUAUUUAAAUUAUUUAUUAUUUUUACAUUUUUAAUGAUGGACGAAGGCCAGUGCUCCAAGUUCACUACUGACAAACGUUGACACUUUCUAUUGCUGAUUUCAGUAAGAUAACUUUUUCUAUUGUACUGUGUCAAUUUUACCAUAAUUGGUAUCUUUUUCUGAGUUAAAAAGACAAUGGCACCAGUUUUAAGAAUGAAUCCAGAAUAAAAAUGGGAAUUACGAUAAUGUGUUAAUUUUGUCUUAAGCUUUUGUUACAGUAUCAGCAGAUCAGAUAUUUAAAUGUGGUAUACAAACGCACACAUUUUUAUUUUAUCGUGUAUACAAUCCCCAAUGUACCCGAAAUGAAUGCAAAGAGGUUAGAAUCACAAUCUGGUUUUAUCCGUUUCUGUUGCAGUUUGAACAUGGCCAUUAUUAAACUGAAGGACUGUAAGAUGUUCUACGUACCAAGGCAAUGGGAUUUCUACUCUUAAAGGCACCGUGAUGUAUGGACUCUGGCCCUCUGCAAAUAAUUCUGCAUGAGAAGGCCAUACUUGUUUAAGUAUUCUGGUACUGAGGCUACGGGCGCAUUCCCUUCUGUGUUCCCUUCAUAUCUUAGUGCAGCCUAAAUUCUGUGCCUUUUCUUGGUAGAAAGACCUAUAACAGUUGCUGUCAGUUGUUUUUUAUAACAUUAAACGGAGGCUUGUAACGGUGGGACGACUGUAAUUCCAGGGAAAUGUUACCAGAGACCUACAUAUAUCUGAAAUUACAUUAUCUCAAGUUUUCAUGUGAUGUGGCUGGUGACUAAAAUAACGGAAAAAACUUCUGUUUAUCGGAUGUUCCCAACUGCCCGUGCAUCCUUGUCUGUUUUCAUGAGCUAUCAGAGCCAACAGUAUUUUCAUUAGAAAGCCUCUUCGCGGAUUUUACUACCAAGUUCUCGGGAAAGGCGUUUCCUAUGAGUCUGAUGUGAUGAAAUACAGGAUUUGUACCACUAUUCCUGACUUAUUUGUGCCUGUUGGGUUUUGUCUGACAUAUCUUUUUGAACAUUAUAAGGACAGUAAUAAAACAUCUUGCAUAUCCUU